UGUAUUUAACCUCAAAUUUUAAACGUCAAAAUUGGCAAGAUGUAUCUUCAUUUAUAGUAAAUUAAGAAAUUUUUUCUAAGUAAUUGUAAGAUAGCCAAAAAUCAGCAGGCUGAAUGUGUGGUGUUAGAUACUUCCAUUAAUUGCUGUUAAAUUGAAAUUAAAAUGAUAAGCCUACUUAAAAAUGCUAAUAUUAGACUAUGCUGUGUUCGUUAUUUUCAUCAAACUGAAAUGCAACAAACCGUAUAUAAAGCCAUGGCUAAAAUUAUGAAGAAAUCACAAGGCAAAAAAAAAUAUAAAUAUAUUGAGGAUGCAUGUGUUGUAAGCCCUUCUGUAUUUAGUUCUGGUUCUUUAGAAGGUAAACAAUCUCCAAAUUCUAAACGAGCACAAAUAUUAAAUAAAUUAUUCAUGAGUUACAUUACUGAUCUAAUGGCAACUGGUGAAAACUCAUCUAGUUUUGUGGGAUAUGGAAUAGAAAUAAGUCAAGUUCAAGUGUGGCCUGAUUUUAAAGGUUUAAAUGUGUAUUGGGUAGCAAAAGGAACUAAAGAGGAUGAUAAUAUUGAGGAAUUAUUAAAAGUUAAUGCCAGAGCUCUUAGGCAUGAACUUACACAGCUUCAAGUAAUAGGAAUUGUUCCUAAAAUUACUUUUGUUAAGGACAAGUUAUAUGCAAAAUUAGCAGAAUUAGACAGUACAUUAAAAAAGGCAGAUUUUGGGGAUGAUUACACACCCACAGAUUAUUCAUCACAAUUAAAAUCAGAAUUGCAAAUAAAUUACAAAUUGGAUUCUGAAACAAAGCGCAAAAUAAAAAAUUUAGAAGAUGAGUGUGAAGAAUUACAUGAAAGUGAAGGUGAAACCGAUGUGGAUGUGUUACCUCCUAUGCCAAAUAAUUCGCUCGGGUUAGAUCACGAUAUUAUAAUGAAAAAGAUUGUAAGAGAUAUGAGCAAAUCCAAAACUGAACGUCAAAAAGUUGUUGACGUGGAAAUACCGAAGAUCUUUAUUAAAGGUCAGGAAAUUGAAUUUGUGGACCAAAAGGAACAAAAAGAAAUGUUUAAACAGUACCUCCAAAGACGACAGAUUAUGAAAGCUAAAGCUUCAAAGCAAAAGGAUCGUAGCCAAUUAAUAUUAGAAGAUAGUGAAAAUAUAAAAGAGAACACCUACGAAGAAGAACUUCUUCUAAAGUUACCCGAAUUUAAUACAGAAUACAUCGAGGAAGAAGAGGAGGAAGAAAAAACAUUUAGAUAUUAAUGUUCUUUAAAUGAGUUGUACUAUUUAAAGUACAAGAAAAUAAAUCGUGUUUACAAAAUA